AUGGCUGCGCAAGACACCUUCUUCCGCUCCUCGGACAUGAGUCUGACCCAACUCUAUAUUGCUAAUGAGAUUGGACGAGAGGUCGUUAGCACUUUGGGUGAGCUUGGAGAGGUUGAAUUCAGAGACUUGAACCCUGAUACCAAUGCUUUCCAACGCACCUUCACCAAAGAGAUCCGCCGCCUUGACAAUGUCGAGAGACAGCUCCGCUACUUCCGUUCUCAGAUCGAGAAGGCGUCGAUUCCCAUGCGUCCAUCCACCGACUUCUCGGACACCCUGGCUGCCCCCAUGGCCUCUGAGAUUGAUGAGUUGGCCGAGCGCAGUGAAACCCUCGAGCAGCGCAUUGCUUCCUUGAAUGAUAGCUACGAGACCCUGAAGAAGCGUGAAGUCGAGCUUUCCGAGUGGCGCUGGGUGUUAAGAGAAGCUGGUGGAUUCUUUGAUCGGGCUCAUACUCAGACUGAAGAUAUCCGCCAAUCCUUCGACAAUGAUGAAGCGCCUCUGCUCCGCGACGUUGAGCAGCAUGUUCCCAACGGUGCCAACGGCGAUUCCCAGGGCCAGCAGAGCUUUUCUGAUAUGAACAUUGGCUUUGUUGCUGGUGUCAUCCCCCGCGAUCGGAUCGGUGCCUUCGAGCGUAUUCUCUGGCGAACUCUCCGUGGUAACCUUUACAUGAACCAGUCGGAGAUUUCUGAGCCCAUCAUUGAUCCUUCCACCAACGAGGAGAUCCACAAGAAUGUCUUUGUGAUCUUUGCUCACGGAAAGAACAUUCUCGCCAAGAUCCGGAAGAUUAGCGAGAGUUUGGGUGCUUCGUUGUAUGGAGUCGAUGAGAACAGUGAGCUGCGGAGAGAUCAGAUCCAUGAGGUGAACACUCGCUUGGGCGACAUUGGCAAUGUCCUGCGAAACACCAAGAACACUUUGGACGCUGAGCUUUCCCAGAUUGGAAAAGGUCUUUGUGCUUGGAUGAUCAUUAUAAAGAAGGAAAAAGCCGUGUAUGACACGCUGAACAAGUUCUCAUACGAUCAAGCACGGAAGACCUUAAUUGCUGAAGCGUGGUGCCCAACGAACUCUCUUCCUCGGAUCAAGGCGACUCUCCAAGAUUUGACGACUGCCGCUGGUCUCUCGGUUCCCAUCAUCAUCAACAGAAUCCAAACCAACAAGACUCCACCAACUCACUUUAGACUAAACCGAUUCACCGAGGGUUUCCAGACAAUCGUGAACAGUUACGGUGUGCCGAAGUACCAGGAGGUCAAUCCCGGUAUCUACACCGUCGUUACUUUCCCCUUCCUCUUCGCCGUUAUGUUUGGCGACACCGGUCACGGUAUCAUUAUGCUUUCUCUCGCUCUUGCUAUGAUUUUCUUCGAGAAGAAGCUGUCACGCACCAAGCUUGAUGAGAUUUCGUACAUGGCAUUCUACGGACGAUAUAUUAUGUUGAUGAUGGGUAUUUUCGCCAUCUACACCGGUAUUCUUUACAACGAUAUCUUCUCGCGAUCAAUGACCUUCCUGCCUAGCGCGUGGAAGUGGCCCGAGGACUUUGAAGCUGGGCAGUCUGUCGAAGCUACCCUUAAUGGCGAUUACCGCUUCCCAAUCGGUUUGGACUGGGCCUGGCACGGUACAGAAAAUGCUUUGUUAUUUUCGAACAGUAUGAAGAUGAAAAUGGCCAUUUUACUGGGUUGGGCUCACAUGACAUUUGCCCUCUGCCUGCAAUAUGUCAACGCUCGCCACUUCAAGUCUAAGCCUGAUCUAUGGGGCAACUUCGUUCCUGGAUUCCUCUUCUUCCAGUCCAUUUUCGGUUACCUCGCUGUUACUAUCGUCUACAAGUGGUCUGUGGAUUGGCAGGCGAUUGGUGAAGCUCCUCCAAGUUUGCUGAACCUUCUGAUCUUCAUGUUCCUUCGACCAGGAUAUGUUGAGAAUCCGCUGUACCGCGGCCAGAGCACUGUUCAGGUGCUACUGCUUCUUAUUGCCGUUGUCCAAGUGCCUAUCAUGCUUUUCCUCAAGCCCCUCUGGCUCCGUCGUGAGCAUAACCGUGCUCGUGCCUUGGGAUACCGGGGUCUUGGCGAACACUCUCGUAUCAGUGCCCUUGAGGAUGACGGUGAUAUGGAUGGAGGCUUUGGUGCCGGCCGUGACAGCAUGGCUAGCGAGGGCGAAGGUGUUGCCAUGCUUUCUGAGAACAUUCACGAUGAUGAACAUGGCGAGUUUGAAUUUGGCGAUGAAAUGAUCCACCAGGUCAUCCACACCAUCGAGUUCUGUCUCAACUGUAUCUCUCACACAGCCUCUUACUUGCGUCUUUGGGCUCUGUCCCUGGCUCACCAGCAGCUUUCGAUCGUUCUUUGGGAUAUGACUCUCGGCUCCGCUUUCGAGCAAGAAGGCGUCGUUCAGGUCAUCAUGAUUGUCGUUUGCUUCUUCAUGUGGUUCGUUUUGUCGUGUGCCGUACUUGUGGGUAUGGAGGGCGUUUCAGCAAUGUUACACGCCCUGCGUCUUCACUGGGUCGAAAGUUUCUCCAAGCAUUUGAUCGGCGAGGGUAUUCCUCUGGUGCCUUUCUCCUUCAAGACCAUCCUAGAGGAGGACCCUGUGGAUUGA